AUGUCUGGCAUACCCUAUCUGAGAGCGUUGAGGAAGUCUGGCUUGGUCGACAUCGCAGACGAGGUCGACUUCUCCGACGCCGAAUCUUACAACAAGAAUGAUCUGGUCGUAGCGCUCGAUAAGCAUCUACGCGACAACCAAACCAUCUUCUCUGGCCUCGACAGCCUCUCGGCCUAUUAUUCCCGUCUCGACACUCCGCGCAAAGGAGUAUCGCCCGCGAAGCGCAGCACGAGGACCCCAGGCCGUCCCCCAGCGAAGAAAGAGCCAGAGCCCAAGGAAGAGUCUAGUGAGCCGGAGUAUGCGCAGAAGCCGAUUGAGAGCCCAACUGUCGUAUCUCCAACUUUGGCGCGCUCGCGAUCGAAUGCGCGCCAGCCGCAACAGACUCCUAAGCAGUCACGGCGUGUUUCUUCUAUCUCCGUGGUUGAAGAUACCGAGCCAACCUUGCCGGCAUCGCCAGCUGUCGUGACCGAGGUCAUCGAUCAUCAGACUACCAAGAUAUACGAAGGCGUGCAACGGGUAUGGACAUCAUCUGGCUUUGUCGACCAAGUUCACUCCGUGCGCGAGAACCUCAGCAGCCUCAAGGCCAUUGAGACCAUCAUUCUACUAGUCGAAGGCAUCACUUUGAUUAGAGCGCGAGUCCCCAUCCGCUACCUGACUACCUUCCCAGCUAUUAGAUACACGAACACCCCUCCUCUUCGUGUGAGAGUUCCCGAUUUGUUCCAAAUUCUGGAUAGUGAAUUCUGGGUGCCUCUUUCCAUUUGGGUUGUCACCUGUUUCCUCCUGCCCCUGCUUGCCUCUUACUUCAUUAACUUGAGCUGGAAGGCUCAAGGCACUGGGCGUCGCACCCGCUCUUCACCUUCUCUUGCUCAGUUUGACCCGCUGAUCUUUAACAUUGCCAAGGCUCUGUUGGUGCACAUCGUGCUAGGCCAGGAAAUCAGCUUUGGCCUUACCGAUUCCUACAACAUCAAGAAGGUGAAGACCGGUGUGCAUGGCGGUGAAUUCGGUCUUUUGACCGGAGCGGCCAUCGGUGCAGUUGGCGCCAUCUACGAGGCUAUCCUGACUCGUGCUUGA